GCCCCUCGGGCUUGAGCCGCGGUGAUCCGGAGGGGCCGGGCCGUGCCCAGGGGCGCUUUUGCGCGCGGAGUGGCAGUGGAAGCCCGACCGGGUGUCCCGAAAGUCACGUUACUUGUUGACAUUUGAGGAGAGAGGAGAGAGGUGUCUUCUCAGUGAGUCUGGCCUAGAAGACUGAAGUUCAAGGCUAGAAGCCUGGGUGGUUGCCCCAGGAAGGUGAAUGAUGGCUGCAGAGGGGCCUAGAGUAACCACACCCCUGAGCCCCAUGGUCCAAGUGCCUCAGGAGGAAGUCGAACAGGAGGAGGUCACCACCAUGAUCCUGGAGGAUGAUUCUUGGGUGCAGGAAGCUGUACUGCAGGAGGAUGGCCCUGAGUCGGACCCCUUUCCCCAGAGUGCUGGCAAGGGUAGCCCCCAUGGGGAGGCAGCUGGAGGGCCGCAGGGUGCCCUUGGCCGCCUUCGAGAGCUCUGUCGGCGCUGGCUGAGGCCCGAAGUGCACACUAAGGAACAGAUGCUGACUGUGCUACCAAGGGAAAUUCAGGCCUGGCUGCAGGAGCAUCGUCCCGAAAGCAGUGAGGAGGCUGUAGCCCUGGUGGAAGACUUGACCCAGACCCUUCGGGACAGUGAUUUCGAGAUCCAGAGUGACAAUGGGGAGAAUUCUAAUCAAGAUCUAUUUGAGGAUGCAGAGUCACGGGAGAUGUUCUCAGAAAUGCCCGAAGGGGAAGGCAUUCCGCAGUGCGACUGGGAAAGUGACCGUGAGAGAGACUGUGGCUCCAGGGGGCCCCAGGCAAAGGUCCCAUGUGAGGAUGGCCGGGAGGUCCCCACCCAGGGCAGGGAGGUCGGGCAGCUCAUCGGCCUUCAGGGCACCUACCUGGGUGAGAAGCCCUAUGAGUGCCCCCAGUGUGGGAAAACCUUCAGCCGGAAGUCCCACCUGAUCACACACGAGCGGACCCACACAGGAGAGAAAUACUACAAAUGCAACGAAUGUGGGAAAAGCUUCAGUGACGGCUCCAACUUCAGUAGACACCAAACCACCCACACAGGAGAGAAACCCUACAAAUGCAGGGACUGUGGGAAAAGCUUUAGCCGGAGUGCAAACCUCAUCACCCACCAGCGGAUCCACACAGGAGAAAAGCCUUUUCAGUGCGCCGAGUGUGGCAAGAGUUUCAGCAGGAGCCCCAACCUCAUUGCUCACCAGCGAACCCACACAGGGGAGAAGCCCUACUCAUGCCCUGAGUGUGGGAAGAGUUUUGGCAACCGGUCCAGCCUUAACACACACCAGGGCAUCCACACGGGCGAGAAGCCGUAUGAGUGUAAGGAGUGUGGUGAGAGCUUCAGCUACAACUCCAAUCUGAUCCGGCACCAGAGGAUCCACACGGGGGAGAAGCCAUAUGAGUGCCCUGACUGCAGGCAGAGGUUCAGCCAGAGCUCAGCACUCAUCACGCACCGGAGGACACACACCGGGGAGAAGCCCUACCAGUGUGCGGAGUGCGGCAAGAGCUUCAGCCGCAGCUCCAACCUGGCCACGCACAGGAGGACGCAUCUGGUGGAGAAGCCCUACAAGUGCGGCGAGUGCGGCAAGAGCUUCAGCCAGAGCUCCAGCUUGAUCGCCCACCAGGGGGCGCACACUGGCGAAAAGCCCUAUGAGUGCCUGACUUGCGGGGAGAGCUUCAGCUGGAGCUCCAACCUCGUCAAGCACCAGCGAGUGCACACGGGCGAGAAGCCCUACCAGUGCGGGGAGUGUGGCAAGAGCUUCAGCCAGCGCUCCCAGCUUGUGGUGCACCAGCGCACCCACACGGGCGAGAAGCCCUAUGAGUGUCUCAUGUGCGGCAAGAGCUUUAGCCGGGGCUCCAUCUUGGUCAUGCACCAGCGUGCCCACUUGGGGGACAAGCCAUACCGAUGCCCCGAGUGCGGGAAGGGCUUCAGCUGGAAUUCUGUUCUCAUCAUCCACCAGCGUAUCCACACGGGGGAAAAGCCCUACAAGUGCCCCGAGUGUGGCAAGGGCUUCAGCAAUAGCUCCAACUUCAUUACCCACCAGAGGACUCACAUGAAAGAGAAAGGGUACUGAGCUGGCAGAGAGGCAUAAUGAGGGCUGCCCCCCAAUACUGGCAUCCCUUUGGGAGAGCCAUUCCUCCUAAGUGGUCUUUGGGGACUUCUGCCAGAAUUUCACCCUUGCUCAUCCUCAUCUCUACCAUGUUGCCAUCUUGGUGUUCAGAGUCAAACCCCCAGAACAGAGCACAGGAAGGGAUGGUCAGAAAGUUGUGUCUUUUUCCUGUUUCAUUGUACGACCCAUGAUGGGCUUCCUCUCUCCUGAUCCUCUGUGUCUGUUUCCUCUUUGGUAGAGGAGGGUGAGUGUGUGGCCCGCACACACGGGCCACAGGCUCAGAAAUACUGGAAAUCGGUAGGUGUGGUCUGGUUACCCUGCUGCCACUUGGUUAGGUUAAGGUGCCUUCACCCCAAGUUGCUGGCAUGCCAGAGGGUUGGGUCAGAAGAACCUCUUCCUGGAGUUGUCCUGGGCUUCAAUUUCAGGUACGGUGAUGGGCUUUUCCAAUUCUGAGCCAUCCAUAUGAAGAUAAAGCCUUUUUCUAUCCAUAGAAAGUGUCAGGAACAUGUAGGCACAAGGGAGUGUGGCCUGGAACCAAUGUCCCAGGAGCUUUUCCAUUGGUAAGAGUGGAGCAGGACCCGCCAGUGAGGGUAUAAACUGAGGAGGCUGACACAUUUGCUUGUGUCUCUGCUUACCAUCCUGUGGUAAGUCGGCUGCCAGGGGAAUGCACUAGUUUUGGUGGGGUUCUGUUUUUUGAGUGUGAAAUUGGGAGCCCCCAGCCACCUACCCCUGGCGGACAGUGGUUUCUGUCUCUUCGAGGGUGAAACAGUCUUGCUGUCUUCAGGGUGGGCUUGUGUCUUCACCCUCAUGGAUACAUAGCCCCUGAAUCAUCUCUAUGCACUUGUCAUUCCUCUGUUCUUCUGUUUUUUUGUUUUUGUUUUUUGUAUGUGCAAAGCUGGAAUUUGUCUGAUAGGUUUUAUAUACGUACAUAUUUUUAAGGAAGUGUUGAUUUUGAGGACACAUCAUCUGUCCUCUGGAGAGAUCUGGGCUUGAAUCAGUUGUCCUGAAGGUGUCGAUCUUGGGAUGCUACCAGGGCUUUGUUCUUGGGUUCUUGAAACCAUAAAGACCAGGGGGUGAUAGCAGGGCAAGGGGUUUGUUAUAAGGAAGAGGAGAGCAGAUCAGGUGUUUCUGGGAAAUAUGAAACCAUCUCCAGUGCAUGGAGCCUAUGCUCACAAUGGGCCUUGGUUCUUAUAGAAUGCUCAAUGUUUCCUAAUAAAAUAGAGUCCCAUUCUU